AUGGCCUCCUCACCGCCCAUACCGGCCUCGGGUGGCCCAGACCAGGACCUAGCCAGCAGGCGCCGCAAGAUGCGUAGGAAAGCCCCCGGCCUGUCGUCCUCGACACCCGAUCUCCCAGAGCCGCUGCAGGAUAGCGAUGAUUCAGCCGACGAGGCGCAUCCACAAGUCAUGGCCACGCCAAUGUCAGUCAACAUGAACCAGAGCAUAUUUGGACUUAUUGCAGCCGCCGGCUCCCGCGUCGACUUCCACACCCGCUUCGACGGCAACAGCAGCGACGAAGACGACGGAUCCAAGGAAUCUCCCUCAGGUCCCCCCAGCACGUCACAAACGACUGUACUUCGACCAACUGCCAAACACAAGAAGUCGCUCUCCAAACACAGGCUACUAAAGUCGUUCGCUACGCUACCGAGGCUCAAGGCGAAGUCUAAACACGAGCCAAGCAAACUAUCCCAGCCGCCCCCCUCUGCCGAAGAGAACACUGAGAACAGUGACGCCAGUGAUACUCAGCCUUCUCUCGCCGCAGACGCACGUGCUCCCACGCCCAGACGGCCUUCCGUCAUGAGUCGAAUGCUGCAAGCCAGGGCAGAGAUGUCGAGUCGUCCCAGCUUCGAUAUUGAACGCCGAUCCGCCGACUUGCGGCCAUCAGAAGAUGACGACGAGACAACGCCACUAGCUCGUCGUCUGAUGGAAAUUUUCGAAUUCAGUGAGCCUGAGCAGGUUAUUGAAGGUGCUGUCGCUUCUCUCACCCUUAUCAGCAAGCCACUAACACACGAACAGAAUAUCCCUCACGUGGUGGCCAAGUCAGGCUACUUAUCCAAGAGCGGCAAACGCAACCCCAAGUAUAAUCGAUACUGGUUCCGUCUCAAAGGCGAUGUGCUAUCGUACUAUCGCGAUGCUACUAAUUUAUACUUUCCCCAUGGCCAGAUCGAUCUCAGAUUUGGCAUCUCGGCCAGUGUCACGGACCGGGACAAGGAUGGAUUGCAUUUUGAGGUCGUCACCAGUCAACGCACCUACAACUUCAGAGCCGACAGUGCACCCAGUGCCAAAGAAUGGGUCAAAAGCCUCCAAAGAGUCAUUUUCAGGAGUCAUAAUGACGGUGACAGCGUCAAGAUAUCAUUACCCAUUGAGAACAUCAUUGAUGUCGAAGAUACUCAAAUGGUAGAAUUUUCCGAUACCUGCAAGAUUCGCGUCAUUGACAACGACGAAACCUAUGCCAUUGAUGAGUACUUCUUCUCAUUCUUCUCUUUCGGACAAGAAGCCAUCCAUGUCUUGAAGAUUCUUGUUGAGGACUCCACGGCCAAGAAGCAACGAGGAAAAGGCAAGAUUCUUGCUAACGUAUCCUCACAAACGAAAAAUGGUUUGGAUAAAAUCCAUACUAGCAAAGUGCAGGAAGCUGUUAAAGCGACACUCUCCCCCCGUUCGGCGGCUACUAGCCCUCGCGGCAGUGUCGAGAUUUCAUCCCGAACUAGCAGAGACGGAUUCGGCGGCACCGAGCGAUCUAGCCAUGAUCAUCAACGACCGCUUACCAGCGGGUUUAGUGAUCACAGCCCACGACGAAGCUUCAGUAGCUCGAGACCCCAUAGCCAACUAUCUGACGGAGGCAAGACUCCAAGAACAAGAUUCUUCACCUCAGAUUCCAAUUUGCAGUCUGAAAAGUCGUCCAUGGAAGACCCGAGCUUCUCUAGCAUGACCGCAUCGGGGGCUGAAGACCCCUCCGCUAGCCAGAUUCUACAUGGUAGCGAUGCAUUCCAGCGACCUACCAUCAUGCGUUCUCAGCCAACAGAUCCCGGGCACUCAGAGAGCCUGAUACAGAGCCAGAUCUUGCACCCCGGAAGUGACGCCACCUUUCAUCUCACCCGGCAUGCCGCAACAACCGGGCAUCUGGAUCAACUGCGCCGAGAAGAUGAGCAAGAGAGUCGUGAUGAGGAACGACCACUUACGCCUAGCCUUCAAAGCAUUGCAAAGAUGGGGACAUAUCCGCUGCAAAGGGCCGGUGCGUUUGCGGACUACUUGAACAAGACUAGCAAACGCGUGAGUUCUCUUCUAGCCACCGAAUCUAUGGGAUACGUGGAAAAGGUGUCGGGCAUGUGGAAAGGCGGCGGGAAGCACUAUGAUGAACCCGCCGGCCUCCGAGCUGAUGACGAUGACCUCGAAGAAGAUUCCGAGGGGAAGAUUCAAACGUCUAUGGAGCGGUUCCGGGCACAUUUUGCAUUGCCCGACACAGAAAGGCUUCAGGCUACCUACUUUGGUUAUAUCCUGCGCGUCUUGCCUUUGUACGGCAAGAUUUACAUCAGCGACCAGUCAUUUUGCUUUCGAAGCCUUCUUCCUGGAACGCGUACCAAGUUGAUUCUGCCUCUUAAGGAUAUCGAGACAGUUCACAAAGAAAAGGGCUUUCGAUUCGGCUAUUCCGGUCUUGUCCUCGUCAUUCGAGGACACGAAGAGUUGUUCUUCGAGUUCAGACAAAGCGACGUUCGCGACGAUUGCGCCGUAACGCUUCUGCAAGACUUAGAGACGCAUCGUUUCUUGGAGGGCUCCGACAAACAAGCUGAAGAUGCUCAGAACGAGGAUGAAUACGCCGCCGAGAGAGAUGCACUCAAGGCUGCCCGACAAGAAGAGCAUCCGGAGCGCGAGUUGGAACUUCCCCAUGACGUUUCCAGCCUGCCCAAUGCACCUACGAUUUUGCUGGAGGAUACCGAUGCUUCAUUCCUCAGCUUCAAGCCGCCUACGCCGAUGAAGAUUACUUGCUUGACGAUUGGUUCAAGAGGCGACGUGCAACCGUACAUUGCUCUUUGCAAGGGCUUGUUAGCAGAAGGUCACAAACCUCGCAUCGCGACGCAUGCCGAAUUUCAGGGCUGGGUUGAGUCUCACGGCAUUGAGUUUGCCAAGGUUGAAGGAGACCCAGCCGAGCUCAUGCGCCUCUGCAUUGAGAAUGGUACCUUCACAUUAGCGUUCUUGCGAGAAGCCAACUCAACUUUCCGAGGUUGGUUGGACGAGCUUCUGGACUCUGCUUACACGGCUUGCGAAGGCUCUGACCUCCUGAUUGAGUCCCCUUCAGCAAUGGCAGGAAUACACAUUGCGGAGAAGUUGGGCAUUCCAUACUUUCGAGCAUUCACCAUGCCAUGGACUCGUACGCGCGCCUAUCCUCAUGCCUUCAUUAUGCCUGAGCAUAAGAUGGGUGGCGCGUACAAUUACAUGACGUACGUCAUGUUUGACAACAUCUUUUGGAAGGCCACAGCCCAGCAAGUCAACCGGUGGAGAAACAAGACGCUCCGUCUCCCGAAUACCAGCCUAGAAAAGAUGCAGCCAAACAAGGUCCCGUUCCUGUACAACUUCAGUCCUUGCGUUGUGGCACCACCACUGGAUUUCUCAGACUGGAUCAGGAUCACUGGUUACUGGUUCUUGGAUGAGGGUGACAAUUACACACCGCCUAAAGAGCUCGCUGAUUUUAUUCAAAAGGCGCGUGAUGAUGGCAAGAAGCUGGUGUAUGUCGGCUUCGGGUCCAUUAUUGUCAACGAUCCUGCCAAGAUGACUAGGGAAGUCAUUGACGCAGUCUUGAAGGCGGACGUGAGGUGCAUUCUAUCCAAGGGGUGGUCCGACCGCAUCUCGUCAAAGGAUGACCCCGACAAGAAACGCGUCGAAGAACCGGAGAUGCCACCCGAGAUUCACGUCAUCAAGUCUGCCCCUCAUGACUGGCUAUUCAAGCAGAUUGAUGCCGCAGCACACCACGGAGGCUCCGGUACCACUGGCGCCAGCCUGAGAGCUGGUAUUCCGACGAUUAUUCGGCCAUUUUUUGGUGACCAGUACUUUUUUGCCAGUCGCGUCGAGGACCUUGGUGUUGGUGUGUGGGUGAAGAAAUGGGGUACCAACAGCUUCGGACGGGCACUUUGGGAGGUGACGCGCAACGAGCGAAUGAUUGUCAAGGCCAAGGUGCUUGGGGAGCAAAUCCGAAAGGAUCAUGGUGUCGACAUGGCGAUUCAAUCGAUUUACCGUGACAUGGAGUAUGCCAAGAGUUUAAUCAAGCGCAAGGCAGGCAAGAAUGAGCAGCCAGAGGCUGACGAGGACGAUGAUGAGACUGAGGAAAGUUGGACUUUUGUCGGGGGCGACGAGCCGGAUCCAGACAUGGUGACCAAGAAGCUCAGCGAGGGGCUCGAAAACUUGGCGUUUGGAGGGGAGAAGGCUCUGAAGAAUGAAGUGACCUCGAGCGGUGCAUAA